GGCGGCGGCUCGAGUUGCCACGCGGGGAAGUUUGAUGGCUUCUUUGAGGAGGGUCAAAGUGCUGCUGGUGCUGAACCUCCUCGCCGUGGCCGGCUUCGUGCUCUUCUUGGCCAAGUGCAGACCCAUCGCCGUCAAGAGCGGAGAUUCCUUCCGCGAGAUCCACCCCAGGGCCGAAGCGGCCAACUUGACCGCCCGUGGCAGCAACUCCAUCCAGGAUGCGGUGCUGAAGAGACUCUCCCUCCUGGAAGACAUCGUCUACAGGCAGCUAAAUGGUUUGUCUAAGUCACUUGGUCUCAUUGAAGGCUACGGUGGACGUGGCAAAGGUGGGCUUCCAGCCACCCUGUCCCCUGAGGAGGAAGAAAGAGCUAAGGGACCACAUGAGAAAUAUGGCUACAACUCCUACCUCAGUGAGAAAAUUUCACUGGAUCGAUCCAUCCCAGAUUAUCGUCCAACCAAGUGCAAAGAGCUGAAAUACGCCAAGGACCUACCCCAGAUCUCCAUUAUCUUCAUCUUUGUGAACGAGGCGCUGUCGGUUAUUCUGCGAUCGGUGCACAGUGCUGUGAAUCAUACGCCGGCUCACCUCCUCAAGGAGAUAAUCCUUGUGGACGACAACAGUGAUGAAGACGAACUGAAGGCGCCCCUGGAAGAGUAUGUCAAUAAACGAUACCCGGGACUUGUGAAGGUAGUACGCAACCAGAAGAGGGAAGGCCUUAUCCGAGCUCGUAUCGAAGGCUGGAAAGCUGCCACUGGCCAGAUCACUGGGUUCUUUGAUGCCCACGUGGAGUUCACUGCUGGCUGGGCUGAGCCAGUACUUUCGCGCAUUCAGGAAAAUCGCCGGAGGGUCAUUCUUCCCUCGAUAGACAACAUCAAGCAGGACAACUUCGAGGUGCAGCGUUACGAGAACUCUGCCCACGGGUACAGCUGGGAGCUGUGGUGCAUGUACAUCAGCCCCCCCAAGGACUGGUGGGACGCCGGCGACCCCUCGCUGCCCAUCAGGACGCCAGCGAUGAUCGGUUGCUCGUUUGUUGUGCACAGGAAGUUCUUUGGAGAGAUAGGUCUUCUUGAUCCUGGAAUGGACGUGUAUGGAGGAGAGAACAUAGAGCUGGGUAUCAAGGUGUGGCUGUGCGGGGGCAGUAUGGAGGUCCUGCCGUGUUCGAGAGUGGCUCACAUCGAGCGCAAGAAAAAGCCCUACAACAACAACAUUGGUUUCUACACAAAGCGCAACGCCCUGCGAGUUGCUGAGGUCUGGAUGGAUGAUUACAAAUCGCACGUCUACAUCGCGUGGAACCUGCCACUGGAGAAUCCAGGUAUUGACAUUGGGGAUAUCUCUGAGAGAAAAGCUUUAAGGAAGAGCUUAAAGUGUAAAAAUUUCCAGUGGUAUCUGGACCACGUUUAUCCAGAAAUGAGAAGAUACAACAACACCGUUGCUUAUGGCGAGCUACGAAACAACAAGGCGAAAGAUGUGUGUCUUGACCAGGGCCCCCAAGAGAACCACACAGCGAUACUGUAUCCGUGCCACGGCUGGGGACCUCAGCUUGCACGCUACACCAAGGAGGGAUUCCUUCAUCUUGGUGCCCUUGGGACCACGACUCUUCUACCCGAUACUCGCUGUCUGGUGGAUAAUGUGAAAAGUCAUUUCCCUCAGCUCCUUGAUUGCGAAAAGGUCAAGAGCAGCCUCCAUAAGCGCUGGAAUUUCAUACAGAAUGGUGCCAUCUUGAACAAGGGGACCGGACGUUGCUUGGAAGUGGAGAACAGAGGAAUGGCCGGCAUUGAUCUGAUUCUUCGCAGCUGCACAGGACAAAGAUGGACAAUUAAAAAUUUCAUCAAGUAAAAGGAGGAAGAUUCCGAAGAGUUUCACUUGAAACACAGCUGACUUGGACUGAUGAGACUGGACUCCUUUGGAAAGGAAGAAGUAUCAAAACAGAGCUUUAUUCAUGUUAUUAGGAGAGGACAUGGGGAAAAUGGGCAUUUGUGUCUUUUUAUUUUUAUUCUAUGUUUGUCUCCCACAGCUGAUUCUGACUGAGUGAAAUUGGGUCAGAACUGCUAUUUUCUUCUAGCAAGCGCUCUAAAAGGUAUCAGUUAUUUCUGCUGGAAUGACUGUAAUAAGCUCAUGCAGUCUUGUGAUCAUUUUACUGACAGGGAAUGGUUGCAUUCCUGGAUGACUUUGAGCUCUUAUAAAGGGCUGGGUAGGUUUACAAUAUGAUCGGAGUAACAGACUUUGGAUAUACCUGCCUGGCAAGUGAGACCACUUGUGUGCUUGAGGAAGGGGAAAUGUCACCAAGCCCCAAAUGAGCUGUAUUCAAAUGACUUGGUGUUCUGCUAAGUCCUCGCUCUCUUUUCCCUGUCUCACCCCUGCUUCCACCAGCCUGUUUCUUGACUCUUGGAGAGGCCUGCAUUAAAGCAAAGCUCUCAGAGACCCGCUGUAGCUCCUAUAGGUCUUUCCCAUCUACCCUUAAUCAUAGACAUUGUUACACAAAAUCGUACAGAAUAAAAAUACUGGUCUUGUAUUUGUCCCUUCCCCACACACAUGCACUGCUGUUGGCCAAUCCAGUCCCACACAAUGUGGGUCCCACUCCCACAUGAAGUGUCCUGAAGAGGUUCCUCUUGGAAAAGGCCUUGGAUGUUUUCCCACAGGCUGCUGCCCUCCGGCUCAGGUAAGGGUUGACUGCCCAUUUUGGGAUUGGUCUUCCACAAUGCUGCUGAGGAGAGGUAGCAUGAUGCUUCCUGCCCUGUUGGUGACCCAGCAGUUGGACAGCAAGAUGUUGCCCAUCUGGGAGCAUGGUGAACUGACCCACCUUGCUCUCCCAGCUGAGCAGCUAGCCUAGGAAUGGCCCUUUAGUGGCCCACCUUUAUGCUUUUACUGCUCUUCUAAAAGUGAGGAAGGAUUCACUAGUGUGUGGAACAUGCUGAGAAGAGGUAACACGAAAGGUUCAGGCUUCCCUCCCAUGGAGGCUUUAGAAUUUGUUUUCAAAGAAUCCUUGCUCUGAAUCAAGACAGUAAUAAUAAUAGUCUCCUUGCCUUUGUGGUGACUUAAUUCUCUUCCUGAGGCUUAAGCACACCUAUCCUGCCUGGUCAGUGUAUGACUGUGGUCAAGGCCCACUCCAAACAGCGCUUGCAUCUGCAGUCUUUCCUGAGUAAUGGUGAAAUAAGUGAAGGGGGAGAGAGAAAGAGAGAGACUAAUAGAUAGCAGUUUGGUGGAAACUCUUGACUUUGCAGUUGCCUGAGGCUUAAUAAUACAUCACCACAGUGGUGAUAGCCUCGCUUGCUUUUCCUGGCCCAUAAGAAUCUACUCAGCUGUCAUGGGAGACCAUUGAUUUGGGGUCCUGAUAUCAGGCUGACUGAGAAAAGGAAACAUGGUCAUGCAAGUUGGUGUUAUACAUGGAUGCUAGACUAGUCCACAGCAGGCUUCAUUCUUUGGAGAGGAGAAGCUAGCCCAUCUCCUGUCCUUCUCAUGGAAUAAUACUUUUUCUGGUUGCCCUCUGGCUAGGGUGUACUAAAAUAUGUUAAUAUAUGAGAUGUAUGUGUAAAUAUGUUUCCCAAAGACGGGAUGUGCACAGUGUUGUUUGCUGCAGAGCACUCAUGCCUGUCUUCCAUUUGCAUCAGGAUGAAGCUACCUUGAUGUUUAAUGAGUUUAAUUUUCAAUGCCAUGAAGCUGAUUUAUAACUGAUGUUUUAGUAAUUUAUUGAACAGAAGCAGAUAUAUUUCAUCGUUCCUUCUACAGCAACGAGCAUCACAUAGGACUAAUUGUUCACUUAUGCUUGACAGGACUUCCUCAUUCAUCAGGGUGGUUUCUGAUUUUUUUUUUCUCUUGCCUACCUUAAUGAAGUAAAACUUCUUAGUUGUCCUGGAUUGCAAAGUAGGGAGUCAAUGUAGAAUUUUGCUCUCUUAUUCGCUGUUGCAUCAUCUCUUGUGUAAUAAAUUUUAGCACUUAAAAAAACAACA